AUGUCUGCCGCACUAGUGAACAGAUCUUUAACCACAGUGAGAACGGAGUUGGAGUUCUUGCGUGACUCCGAAGUCAUCACUGAUGCCCUCUACAAUAAGUUAGUUGAGGCUUUGCCAAAGAAAUACAAAAAGGACGAAAAUGCAUGGGAUGUUGACGUUUUAGAGACUAAUUCCACUUCACAAAAAGAAGCCUUUGCUCCAACAGCAAAUGAGCCAGCACCAUCAUACGAAGAGAAAUCAAAUAAAUUAGCUCAAGAGUUUGCCAGCACUCAUAUUUCUCCACCAGCCCAUCCACCAACUCCAUCCCGUUCUGGACCCAAGCCAGUUGGAUACUGUGUUGCUCUGUUUGAAUACAAUGCACAAGAACCAGAUGAUUUAAACCUUAGCAAAGGAGACAAGUUGGCAGUGGUUGAGCAUUUGUCGGAGGAUUGGUGGAAGGGAUACAAAGUUGGGUCGACUCCAGAAAAGGCGGGUGUAUUCCCUUCGAAUUACGUGACAGUUAUUUCAGAGGCAGAGUUUAGCUCUUCUGAAAACAGGUUGGUUGCACCAAGACCCGCAUCAUCACUGCAAAAUUCCUAUUCGUCUUAUGGUCCUCCAACUUACGAUCAACCGCCUUUACUGAACCAACCUUCAUAUGGCGGCUAUGCACAAUACCCACCACCAUCAACAAAUUACUAUCCUCCUCCUCAGCAAUACCAACAACCACAGCCACAACAAGUUAUGGUAGCUCCUGAGCAACAACAACAACAAAGCUCAGGCCACGACCGUGUCAAGAAAUACGGAAGUCGUUUUGGAGAGGCUGCGUUAUUUGGUGCUGGUGCAUCAGUUGGUGCCAACAUUGUGAACUCUAUUCUUUAA